ACUCGUGCCCCAGGUUUCGGUUCUAUAUGAAUGCAUCCUCGACAUCUGCUCGCUACUAAAUACCCUCUGACCAUCAGCCGAACAUUGGCAGAUUGAUUGCCUACAGUAGGACUGAGUAUGGACUAUGGCUGAACCAGCCUCGUCCGUGGUAUUGACCAGGCGUCCCAUCCCCAUUUCCCCUUCUUCCAAGAAUCCCGCCCCAAGUCGGUCUGUAGACAUUGUCUCGUCGCUUCUCACGCCCGCCGAAUGCACCGACCUUAUCACAACACACGACCACGAAGCGGACAUGCACGCCAUCAGCGGCACGUACACGUCCCGCUUGCGCAAGAUAAUCGAAGACGACGACCUCGCCGAAUUGCUCUGGUCGCGGCUUUCGAGGAUCUACCAGGGCACGGAAGUGGUUGACGAGGACGGCCAGGUCUGGUCUGCCAUGGGAUUGAAUCCCUGUUUCAGGCUUUGUAAAUAUAGGGCUGGUGACGGAUUCAGUACCCAUGUCGACGGUCGCCGUCUCGCAACAGUCGAUACCCAGUCCUUCAUGACAGUCAACAUUUAUCUGAACACUGUUCCAGCAGAGCACGGCGGAGCAACACGCUUCCUCCUCGACCUAACGACAUAUCCGCCGGGCACCAGCAGCUCCUGUGAUCCUCAGGCCGACAACUCGACGAGCAGUGUGCUUUCCCAAAACCAGCCUGUCGAGGGCUCUGCAGCGAUCUUCCGCGACGACAUCUACCACGACGGCAAGGUACUUCGAUCGGGCGUGAAGUACCUGCUAAGGACAGAUAUGAUGUUCCAGCGCGCACGGCCGUUUACCUUUGACGAAAUGUAUCCUCCUCAUAAGUUCGCCGCCAAAGAACGGGCGUUGAAGGCGCUGGAUCUCGCCCAGCGACUUGAAGAUGCCGGAAACAGGGACGAGGCGGUCCGGUGGUACAAGCUUGCUUUUCGACUAGACGAGGACUUGGAAAGGUAUUCGUAGGACGAGGUCUAGCGACAGGGCGGGAUGGGAGGCUUUCUCAAGGCCGAUUCUGGAAUGAUAUGCGCUCAUAGAUGUUUCCAGCCAUUCGAUAUCAGCACUUGCAUUUCGUUGAUGAGACAAUCGACGCCAGACUCCAGGUGGGCCGAGUCUUCCUUUUCCCACUGCCGUAGACGCAAAUAGACCGCCAUCUUCUUGAACCAGUCUGUCGUGAG